AGAUAGAGGUGGGCAGAGGUGUGACUGAGUGGACAGGCAGAGGCAGAGGGAGACUCAGAGCCAGCUGGGCUUUUGCCAUAUCUUGUUUUUAUUUUGUAAUUUUCGAAGUAGGGGGAAAAGUUUAACUGUAGUAUUUUUUCGUGCGUAAACGGGAUAGGCUUUCUCCAAAUUCUUUGGAGUUGUGCUACACUUUCAGACUGAGCAGAGGGCUAAAUUUGGAGGUCUGGGUGGAGUUUUCUUUGCCUCCGCAACGGUCCCUGCGGCGCACGGAUUACAAUGCAAAGGGUUUUGGAGAUUUGGGUCACCUUGGUGACAGUUUCUGCGCUGACCAAGGGCGCCUUUGGAGGAUACGGGCUGAGCAUGUUUGCAGCGCAGUCUUCCCCUCCAGAUCCGUGCUACGACGAGAACGGGAACCCUCGGAGAUGCAUCCCCGACUUCGUCAACUCCGCGUUUGGGAAGGACGUGCGCGUAUCCAGCACCUGCGGCAACCCGGCGGCCCGGUACUGCGUGGUGACCGAGAAGGGAGAGGAGAGGACCAGGGACUGUCACACGUGCGACGCCGGGGAUCCCAAGAAGUCCCAUCCACCUGCCUACCUGACGGACCUCAACAACCCGCACAACCUCACCUGCUGGCAGUCGGAAAACUACGUGCAGUAUCCGCAGAACGUCACCCUCACCUUGUCUUUGGGGAAAAAGUUUGAGGUCACCUAUGUGAGCCUGCAGUUCUGCUCACCCAGACCGGAGUCCAUGGCGAUCUACAAGUCCAUGGACUAUGGCAAGUCGUGGGUGCCGUUUCAGUUUUACUCCACGCAGUGCAAGAAGAUGUACAACCGACAGAAUAAGGCGACCAUAACCAAACAGAACGAGCAGGAGGCGAUCUGCACGGACUCCCACACGGACAUGCACCCUCUGACAGGUGGCCUCAUCGCCUUCAGCACCCUGGACGGCAGACCGUCGGCGCACGACUUCGACAACUCCCCGGUGCUGCAGGACUGGGUGACGGCCACCGACAUCAAGGUGAUCUUCAGCCGGCUGCACACGUUCGGAGACGAGAACGAGGACGACUCGGAGCUGGCCAGAGACUCCUACUUUUACGCGGUGUCUGACCUGCAGGUCGGAGGAAGGUGCAAGUGCAACGGGCACGCUUCAAAAUGCGUCAAGGACAGAGAGGGGAAUCUGGUCUGUGAGUGCAAACACAACACGGCGGGACCGGAGUGCGACAGGUGCAAACCUUUCCACUAUGACCGACCCUGGCAGCGCGCCACGGCCAGAGAGGCCAACGAGUGUGUCGCCUGCCACUGUAACCUGCACGCCCGUCGCUGUCGUUUCAACAUGGAGCUGUACAAGCUGUCGGGCCGGAGGAGCGGCGGAGUCUGUCUCAACUGUCGCCACAACACGGCGGGACGCCACUGUCACUACUGCAAGGAGGGUUACUACAGGGACAUGACCAAGUCCAUCUCUCACCGCAGAGCCUGCAAAGCAUGUGAUUGCCAUCCUGUUGGAGCUGCAGGGAAAACAUGUAACCAGACAACAGGCCAAUGCCCCUGCAAGGACGGAGUGACAGGGAUCACCUGCAACCGCUGUGCCAAAGGCUACCAGCAGAGCCGCUCCCCUAUCGCUCCCUGCAUCAAAAUCCCAAUUGCCUCUCCGACAGCAACUUAUAGCAGCUACGAGGAGCCGUCUGAUUGCGAAUCUCACUGCAAAGCCUCCAAAGGAAAAAUGAAGAUCACAAUGAAGAAGUACUGUAAAAAAGACUAUGCUGUCCAGGCGCACGUUCUAAAGGGAGACAAGGCAGGCGAGUGGUGGAAGUUCACCGUCAACAUCAUUUCUGUCUACAAACAAGGUGAGCAUCGCAUUCGCCGCGGGGACCAGCUGCUGUGGGUGCGCGCCAAAGAUGUGGCCUGCAAAUGCCCCAAGAUCAAGCCCGGGAGGAAGUACCUGCUCCUGGGUACAGACGACGACUCCCCCGGGCAGAGCGGUGUAGUCGCCGACAAGGGAAGCCUGCUCAUCCCUUGGAAGGACCUGUGGGGCCGCCGGCUGAGGAAGUUCCAACAGCGCGACAAGAGGGGAAAGUGCUAAAAGUAGCUGGAGGGAAGAAAACGGGAAAGAUUGAGGGAGAGGUGGAGGCAAAAUAACAACUCUGCCGGGAUGAAAUCAAGCAAGAGGAAAGGAUGGAUGGAAAAAAAAACUGGAAGAAAUAAAAAAUGGAGACACAGAGGAGAAAAGUAGGAGGAAUGGGGGAAUGACUGAGUGCUGCUGCUCUGAGCUGGAGUGAAGAGAUUAGUGUUUUUUAGGAACUUUUGUGAAGGAGCUCAUUCUACAGUUGUUCUGUUUGUCUUUCAAGGUUUGUUUUGUUGUAUAAUUGCAGAGUUUGCACCUAAUGUUACAGAUAUGUCUCAUCCUGACUAUUUUACCCAUGAUGCCCUUGUUUAUUAAAGUCUUGUAUUCAGUUGUUUUAAAGAGCAAUGCAUCUUCUGUACCAGCCUUUUGUGUCUUCAGAGGAUCUAUUUCCACUGUGCUAUGUAAAGCAUUGUCUAGUUAAAGGAAAAGUUAUCGCAUGGCAUUGAGGGACUCUACUCAUGUAUGAUAAGUUGCUCUUUGCAACACUGCCAAACGUUGAAGAACCUUUCUUAACAGUGAACGUCAAAAAUUGUGAAAUUGUCCACAACUGUGGUCUCAGAGUGCCAUUUUUCCAUAAGAGCUCCAUGCUCAUAUGUGAGUGUUACCUCAGCGAAACAACUUGUGUUGUGGGAACAAAACGCCAUUAAGAUCCUGUCCUCAUUCUGUAUAAUGAUCUUACUGCAAGCAAGUCUUUGCUCAGUGCUUUUCGAUAUAUCAAGAGUAUGUUGUGGUUGUGACCUCUGCAAUGUAAAGUAACAUAUGUGGAUACAUAGACAUUAUGUUUAGUCGAUGAUGCUGUAGCAUCAGCUAGAUGUAGAGUAGACUUGUCAACCAUGCACUUAUUUUUACUAGUCAGAUGUUUUAGAACAUAUGAGAUAUGUUCACAAACAUUUUUAGAGUGGCAUCCAAAAAGCAAAUCCUGUACCAUUUGAGGCAAAAAAAAAUAGUUAGCUAGUAGGACUGAACAAUUUAUGGAAAACGUUUGAUUGUGAUUUUUUUCUGACCGAUAUUUGGAUUUGAUAUAUGAUGUAAUUUUUUAAAAAGUUAAGGUUCAGUUUAAUAUCCAGUGUAAAAUAGAUUUAAAAUCCCUCUCCAGCUAUUGAUUUAACUCCUUAAACCACAUUUCUGGGUAUCAAAAUUACAUAUUUAGAUUUUUUUCCAUGAAAAUAAUCCUUUCUUGCCUUAAAAUGGCUUAGAUGUACCUCUAUACCAUUGCUUCCUCUACAAUGUGCAGAUUUAUGAAGUCUCUGCCUUUCUCUCCUUUUACCUCAACCCACUAGCUGAAGCUCAAGCAUACCAGCUCACCUGCAGCUCUGCUCAAACACUGCAAAACUACUCUAUGCUACACAACAGCAAGUUGUAGCACUUGCCAAUUCCGACAUGCGUGUUCACAACUGUAAUAAUAAAAAUAAUGAAAGGGAAAGCCCCACCUUGCAAGUUGACAGGAUUGGUUCCUUAAAAUAAAAAACCCAAGAAGUCCCUGCAUUUGCAGGAUGGAAAUGCUCAGCCACAGCGACCAAUGCUUAUUUAUCUUCUAGCAUAAAAAAAAAAACAAAAAAAAACAUAGACACGCUAACAAGGUAAAGAAAAAAGAAAAAAGAAAAAGUGCUUUCACCAGAGGGUGUCUUUAAAUUCUAUGACAGUUUGUCCAUCAUGCAAGGAGAACGGCACAAAUUUGUUAAACUGCUUUUGUUCAGCCCUAAUAGCUAGUUCAAGCCCUGUUUGUCUCACUGAUGACUAUGAGCUGAUGUUUCUGUUGGACUGUAACAACCCUGUGCACUUGUCACAACUACGGAAGUGUCAGAAUUUAGUGCUUAUUCUCUAAUAAAGGACUAAAUGUAUGCUGGAUGUCCCAAACAUUUACGAGUGACAGAACUGAAGAAGCGAACCAUGUCACUCCAUUAAAAAAAGAGAGAAUAUCGACCUAUCAAGCAAACAAACCUCAUACCACUGACAUACUGCAUGCUCACUAUUUACUGUAGCUGACUGGCUAAUAAUGAUUGUGAAUUAUGUACACAUUUAAUUUGUAUGCAGUAUUCAAUGUUGUGAGAAAAUAACCUGUGGAGUGAUAAAGUAUCACAGAUGUUUAUUGUACAGUGCAUUCAGCACGCUGUGUCAAAUGCUCGUCACCUCAAAGCGCCUUUUUGAGGACUGGACUUCAUUAUCAAGACUUGGUACUCGACAAAAAGGCAUGACUGAUUGUCUACAUGUUAUAUAGCUGUAUAGUAUUACUUUUCUUUUUGUUAAAACAUUAACUAGAUCUAUCUCCAUGUGAACUUAACCAGAGUUUUAAAUACUAGAGGCUUAAUAAAAAGAAAGACAAAUAAAUGAAUGUGGGACAAAUUUUUCAUGUUUACCUGAAUAUUUACACAGACACACAAGGAAAACACAUAUGUAGGGCCACAUUCCUGUACACACAUGUACACACACACACACACGGGCACACGUCUGUACUCUGCAUCAUACUGUUUGUGUUUGAUGACUACAAAAUGCAUAAAACAUCACUGCCAACACAACUGUACCGACACAUUUCAACUUCUUCUGCAGUCAGAAAGGUACUCCCUACCAGACUUCUGUUCUCCAUAAAUACUAUAUCUGAAUAAUUAUCUGCCCAUGUUCCUGCAUUGGCUUGUAAAUGUUGUUUAGCAGUGUACAUUGCAAAUGGUUGUGUAAUGUCUUGUAAUACUAAUAUAUUAUGUUUAUCACAAAUGAAUAUAUUUAAUGACAUUAUGAAACAA